AUGCCGGGGAAUGCAGUUUCACAAAGCAGCUCAACCCCACUGAUAGUGAAUGGGGUUCUGGGGGAGUCAGUAACUCUUCAUCCGAAGUUUCCUGCAAAAGAGACAGUUGAGGCCAUUACUUGGCUUUACAAUGGAAAGUCUAUCACCUUCAUAAAGGCAAGUGGAACAGGAAGUCCACUAAUCCAGGUGACUGAUCCAAAGAGGAGAGAACGAAUGAACUUCACCCAGUCUUACUCCUUGCAGCUCAGCAACCUGACAAUGGCAGACACAGGAUCCUAUGGUGCCCAGAUAACCACAGAGACCUCUACAUUCCUCUCCACUUACAUUCUGAAGAUCUUCAGACAACUGAGGAACAUGCAAGUUACCAAUGACACUCAACUGUCUGAGAAUAGGACCUGUAAGAUCCACCUUACCUGCUCGGUGGAGAAUCCAAAUGACAUUGUCUCAUUAAGGUGGCAGGUCUCAGAAAACACAUCUGUAUGUGAACCAAAUCUCACCAUCUUCUGGACCCCAGAGAAUUCCAGCGAACAGAGCUACACCUGCAUAGCAGAGAACCCUGUCAGCAAUUUGUCCUUCUCUGUCUCUGCUCAGAGGCUCUGUGAAGGCGUUAAGAUAAAUAAACUCCCGGAUACCAGAUGGAUUAUGAUUGUGGUUCCUGUGAUAUGCAUAGUCAUCAUUGUGUCAUUUCUUAUUUGGAGGAAAAGAAGAGGCUCUCUUCAUUUGUCCACUCAGCAAACCCAGGGUCCUGAGUUCACAAGGAAUGUGGAGUACUCUUCAGUGUCUCCAGAGAACACUGUGUAUGCUUGGGUCACUCAUCCAAAUAAGGACAUGGAGAUCCCAAGGCGUAUGAAAAAUGAUGAUUCUGUCACAAUUUACUCCACAGUUAAUCAUUCCAAAGAGAGUAAACCCAUUUAUCCCAGGGCAACUGCCCUUGACAACGUCAUGUAA